ACAAGGGUUAAAGAGCACGCUAGUCAAGUCUCCACCGUUCCAAAUACUGACAAGGGUAUGAAUAAAGUUGAAGUUUGAAUAUUUUUUGAGCAAAUCGUAUCGGAAUUCCGAACAAACAUUCUUUUCUACCGCAAACAACAAUUAUCCUGUCAAUCAUGGCAGAAGACACACCGGACUUUAAAUCAUUACAAGAUGAAGUUCAAGCUGCUCUUGUAUCAACCGUCAAAACUGCCGGUUACAUAUCAACGGAAGACCUCGGUUUUCAUCGAUCACUGAAUCCCGAGGUGGGAAGUGCUCUCGAUGAACAAAAUGCGCGUUUACUUGCGCUUGCCAAUGACUUGCUCAAAACUGCAGGUACCGUCUCAGGGCUUCGUGUACCAAUUUUAGAAGAUGCCGACGAUGUGGACAACAAUUGGCGCAGUGUUGUGGAUGUUGUGGAUUCCUUACUCGAAAAGACCGACACUUGUCUCGAUGAAUAUACAGGUAUUAUUAAAAGGAAACAAGUCGAAGAGGUGAGGAUUGAGUCAAAUGCGCCAGUAAAACAUAUGCUGAUAUCUGUCAGCCUUCUGCGACAUCAAAAUCCCAGAGAAAAUUCCUUGAUAACUCACUCCGUACCCAAAACCUGGUGAAGCCUCAACUCGCAUUCGAGGUGAAACCUGACAAUGAGGAUACAUCACCAUGGCUACCUCUUCUCAAAAUAAAACCGCAUGCGAAGGUACCGUUAGAGGAUAGUCUGGGUAUGAUUACAAACGAUUACAGCCAGAAACAGUAUGACUACUCCAAUUUUAUUCCCCUCGCGUUGCUCCCCUUGGAACCCCUCGCAAAGGAUAGAAGCCAGAAGAAUUAAGGAAGUCUGCCAGAGCCAGUCGUUCGAAAGUAAAACGGGACAAACUAAUUCAACAAAUGGGUGUCACUGUACGAUUUACUAACAAGCAAUUUAGGUACAGACAUCCUUACGAAACGGAAAUUCUACAAUUACAAUAUCCAAGUGCUAUGUUUGAGAAGGCAGAACCAAUAGAUUAUCUACCGGUUGAGAGUACAUCUGCGACAUUUGUUGAUACCUACGAGGGUGUCCUGGAGAUGCUAGAGGAGCUUAAAGGUGCUAAGGAAAUCGCGGUCGAUUUGGAGCAUCAUGAUACUCGUUCAUAUGUUGGUCUCGUAUCUUUGAUGCAAAUCAGUACCCGCGAAAAAGAUUGGAUCGUGGAUACCCUCAAGCCAUGGAGGCAACAGCUUCAAAUACUUAAUGAAGUUUUCGCUGAUCCAAGUAUAAUCAAGGUAUGUUGUACUUUUCAGAAUUCUUCAAUGUUUGCUAAGAACUUAGGUUUUCCAUGGUGCCUACAUGGAUAUCGUAUGGCUCCAACGAGAUCUUGGGCUAUAUGUUGUUGGGCUGUUUGAUACAUAUUACGCAUGUAGAAGGUUAGGAUUAGCUGGAGGAAGCUUAGCCUUCUUAUUGAAGAAGUAUAUUGAUUUUGAUGCCGACAAAAAAUACCAGUUAGCAGACUGGCGAAUCAGGUAAUUUUUUAUAUCAUGUAUUUCACCUCCUUCCACUAACAUUUUAGGCCGCUUCCGGAGGAAAUGUUCUUUUAUGCUAGAGCUGACACACAUUUCCUUCUUUACAUUUUUGACAAUUUACGGAAUGAGUUAAUCGACGCGUCUAAUACUGAAACAUCUGAAGCAAAUCCAAUGGAGACAGUCCUGGAAAAGUCCAAAGAGACUUCGUUACUCCGAUAUGAGCGACAGGUAUACAAUGCAGAAUCCGGAAAAGGACCGGGAGGAUGGUUUUCACUAAUCUACAAAACGCCUGCUCUCUUAAGUAGCGAGCAAUUCGCUGUUUUUAAAGCUGUACACGCUUGGAGAGAUCAGAUAGCAAGAAAGGAUGAUGACAGCAUAAAUUUUGUCAUGUCGAAUUCUGUUGUUAUUAACCUAGCCAAGUUCAUGCCUAUGGACAUGAUAGCCUUACUGAGCAUCAUUCGACCCAUAUCAUACAGUGUAAAAUCACGCACUCAAGAACUGCUAGAAAUCAUUAAGGCGGCAAAGGAAAAUGGAAAAGAUGGUCCAAAGAUGAUAGAUGUUAUCAGAGGAUCACCAGAUACGGCCAAUAACCCGGGAUCUAGCACCGGAGCAAAAAUUACAUCUGAAAAGACAUCUAAACUUGAUGUAACGCCGGUAGACAAAACCGAACUCACAACCGAGACAUCUUCCUUUUGGGGAGGUGCAUUUGGAAGCAGUAUCUGGGAACCUUCAACCACAACCCCCGAUCAAGAUAGCAUGAGACUUGCAAUCCCCUUACCCCAGCUCUCAGAAGAAGUUUUCGCCUCGUCAACCACACCCCUUACCGAUCGAUCCCGUCUCGCCAUACCCGAAGCCGCAACACCGACCCCUACCAGAACAAAAGACGAACCUUUCGUUCUUAAACGUGGCUCUAAAAGAAAGAGCGAGACCAUUACUGACCCGGAUGAGGAUCAAGAGGUCACCGACAAAUAUGACAUAAGCCUCGACUACACCCCAAACGCGGAAAAAGAAAGACAACAAGGCAAAGCCGAAGUUUUAGCCGAAAGCGCAGGACGUAGAGCGGCGUAUAAAGCGGAUAAAAAGUUGAGAAAACAGCAGAGAAAAGAAGAAGCGAUGAGAAUCGAAUCUGAAAAGGUAGCCAAAGAUGCAGAGGAAGAACCAGAAGAACAAGUAGAGGAAGAAGAUUUCGAUUACAGUAAAGCGGACUCGGUACUCAACUCUAAGAAACAAAAAGUAGAGACAGGUGGAAAGGGUGGGAAGGCAAAGAAGGAUAAACCCUUUGAUCCGUACCAGAAGAGUAUGAAUGCGGCGAAAGGAAUGGGAAGAGUGCAGACGGGGGAGAGGGGUGGUAGGAGUGCUACUUUUAAGAAAUGAGAUAUGCUAAUCAAUGAAGGGGACAUGGAGAUGGAUUUAUUAGAGCUUAUCAUGGAUGGAUAGAUGCAUAACUGGAAUCAGAAUUGAAUAUCAAGCAUUAAUUAAGCUCUAUGCUUUUGGUAUGUAAAUAAGAUGAUGAGGAAAUAAAAAAAAGAAGCAAAUAAUGCAUGCAUAUGCUAACAUAA